AUGGAUGUGUUUCUAUUACGGCCCAAGACCACGCCAACUCGCAUUGGAUUUCAUCCCGGACCAGUCAGUGGAGAUCUCCAAAUCAAGGACUCUGUACACAUUGGCGAAGUGACCAGUGGAUUCUUCGAGCUGGUAAUCAUCUUGGCGCAUACCGCGAACGGGAGGCGGUGCAGUGAGCGUCGCGUCUUACAUGUUGAAAGGCUCUCCGCUGUCAUCCUGUUUUUCGGACUACGAGAAUGCGGUCUAGGGGUCACUCCGGUUGUGAUCACGAUUGGCUGCGGAUUCUCGAGCCUACAGUUCUUCCCCUCAAGACCGGCCAAGAUUCAUGCCCAGAAGCUUCCCCAAGGCCGGGCCUAUCUAGCCAUGGUAUCUGGUCGGGUCAGCCGCAUACAGACAUGCAGUGCUCUCCUCUCUCGACACAUCCAUUUGAAACACGGCGGUGUAACACCACCACGCGAUAUGGGUGGUUAUACUCCGAACAACCUGACGGCUUCAGGAAUCGAUUCUUGGCAUAUGGGCUAUUGA